AUACUGAAGCCCUUCUCCAUUACCUUCAUUACCACCUAAAUCCCCCGGCAUUCCUUUCUCAAAGUAGCCCGGGACUCGCCAAGUGGAGCCAGCACACAGCCUUAAGGUGCGCGAUCGAAAGAAUUUAAAGGGAUAUCAUAUAGGGCAUUGGAGGGACCUUGAGACACCCAAUCACAACCUUCUUCGUCCGAAUCCGCCUAAGAUCUUCCAUGAACGACCCACAGAAAGCGGGGAAAAGAACUUCCCUACCCUACGCUUGCCUACUUCCCCGUCCGAUCUCUUAUCUUUCCCUCCCUCUUGCCAUUCGUAGACCUUGAAGAAGCAGCAGUAGCUGGGGCUAUUAAAAACUACGAAAGAUCUUACCCUAAUAAGAGUAGAAAGAUCAAGAGAGUACUCGUUAGUCACGUUAACUUAUAAUAAGAGAGCUUGAUCGGGACUACUAUAGGUUCCGGAGAAGAUCCAACAUAUGCUACUGACUCGGGAUAUGAAUCAGACUCAAAGACCUAUUAUUCAGCUGCCCUUGCCCUUAUGAGGAGAGUGAACCUUUUUCAACUCCUUCUGUUCAUCCUGUUGAUGGAAUGGAACUCAGAGAAAGAGAUAGUGUGUCAUCGGGUUCCAGUUCAUGGAAAGAGUUCAUGGUCCCAUUCACGACUAUUAUUCUCUUUUGCAAGUCCAUUCAGAUAUUCGACUGCUGCUAUAACGGUGAGGCUCCUUUCAUCUAUCCAUUAAGUCUGAUUUGAGUCUUAGGACGGGACUAACAACAUAUUCAAGCGGGUCCCUUCCUGACGUCACACUAAGCUUUGCUCGUCCGAAAAUACUACUGAUGGGUUUUUAGGCGUCACACGUCGCUUUAAGCUUUGCUCGUCCCACAGCAACAACAGCAACAGUCGUAAAUGGCCUAAAGCCUACAAAUACUUAUGAUGGGGGUUGGGUGUUGCUGUGGGCCGAAAUAUAUAUAAGUGAGAACGACGGGAAGGUAUAUGAAGAAGACUCUUCGGAGAGGGGGGCCGAAAUGAUAAUGAGGGCUCGCUUUACCGUAAUUUAGGGAGAGAGACGAACACUUCUGUUAGAUAGAAGCUGGUGCCCUCAAACUCUUUCUCUCGUUCGCUAUAGGGACGUAGCUAUGAAACCAAACUGCAAUCGUUCAUGGCAUUGCCUUCUCGUGAAAGGUUUAAAGGUAGGCACUUUAGACAUAUAUAAGCUUUUGCCCGUGAAAGCUGGUGCCCUUAAGUGAAAGGCUCCGUACCGCUCCGUGGGGUGAAUGGUUCAAGUAAAGAGUGAUAGGCAUAUAAUAAUAAACGACGCCUUAACGCAAUGCCAUUAAGGCUGUGUGGAAUGAAUCCCGUACUCUGGAUUCAUCUCUUUCUUUGGUGCUAGGGUUAGCCAGAGUUCUAGGAAAGAUAAAGAGGAGGGCCGACUAUAAGGGUAGGGAUAGGGCCAAUAAUCAUAGUAGUCUUUUCUUUCUACGUUUCAGUUUUUCAUAACUAUUCAAAACUACGAAAGAUCUACUACUAUAAUAGUUGUUGCUGGGAUCGACCUAAAGGUCCGAGUGACAACGACGGGAGCGACAGCGACGUGACUGAUUAUUGGAAUUCUUAAGAGUGGUAAAUGAGAAGAGAGGACUAGAGCAACCGGAAAGCACUCUACCGGGAAGAAUCAAUCAAACAGCAGCAGUUCAUGGAAAGAUAUCAUUAACAGUAGUACUCGUGAGCGUUCGGUACAGAAUGAAACUGAACAGCUGCUAAUAUAGUAAAGGCUACCGCGGAGAAAGUCGUCUAUGGUCAAAAGUACUCUCCAGGUCCCUUACGAAGAUCAAAGUGAAUGGAAUAUGAGUGAAUUCCGGAAGUUCUAGGUGCAAGAUAGAGUGAGAAAUACGCUACAGGGAGCGGAAGAGUUCGAGAAAGAGUUCUGCAUUAUAUACUAUAAAAAGCAGGUGAGGUGCCCGGGAGGUAGGGCCCUACACGAGUCAAGCUUAAGGAGACCGAGUCCGAACCCUUGAAAGAGGGUGUAAGUGUUUGGCACAAGUCCAUUCACGAGAAGCAACUGCGAAGCUACUAUUCGCGGCGGAAGGCUCUUGUAUUUAUUAAUACUAAAGAGGAUACGCGGGAGCAGCAGAGAGAGCCCAAUACUGCUGAUGGGUUUUUAGGCUCACUCGGCCCUCUCACUAUUUGUACUCGGUCGGGAUGAGGCUAUGCUCUGGGUUCUGGGAAGGUAGUGAAGUGACCCGAGGGCCGACUAUAAGGGUAGGGAUAGGGCCAAUAAUCAUAGUAGUCUUUUCUUUCGUAGUUUCUGUUUUGAAUCACGAACUAUAUAUAUAAUAGUGACGUCUACAAUUGCCUUUGGGGCAAAUACAAACUGAAUCGUGAAUGAAAAGAGUCAAUGGUACACCAUUGGAGACCUCUUGCUGCUUUUCUUUCUACGUUUUUCAUGUCCAUUCACGAUUCACCACUAGGAGGAAUUCCUUUGGGGCAAUUUACGACAAAUAUUAUCUGACGGGCCAACAGAUAUUCAAAACUACAAAAGAUCUACUCUCAGCAGAAGCUAUUUAUUGCGUGAAUGGCAUUCAAAACUACUACUGAUCUGACCAACGCGGUCGAGCCAUCGUCAGAUGCCCUUCCCUUCGUCUUUCUUCUCAGCUCUUCGCCCCUUCAUUCACGACCUCUUGCUUGGCUCGACCUAAAGGGAGAGAGAGAGGGACUAUCCUACUUCCAUAAGUUGGGAUACCGACGUGAAGUCUCAAGCAUUUACCUUUCUAGUUAGAGACCUGAACUCCAAGCGCUAACGCGCGCUCCGGCUUUCUCGCUGUAGCUUGCUUGGGGCUAAGGUGGGAUCUGCUCAAGGACCUACUGAUUUAGGUAAAUAUCUCAUGCGUUCCGGGGAGGUUUUUUCUUUUAUAAACUAUGCGCUUUUUCAAUGAGAAAUGGUCGGAAAAGAAAAAAGGGGUUGAAAUUGGCAAAAAACACUAAACGGGAAUACGGAAGGGCUUGUAUUUUUGGUUGAAAUGGGAUGGUCUUCAAACUCCCGAGAUGCAGUCUAGACAGCGGGCUCCCCCUUUUCUGACUGGACUGACUCGGGGAAGGUUUGACCUCCUCCCAAGCAUGCUUCACAGCCACUCAUUCGUCCUAACCAGAAUCUAUCUCUCAGCGAUUCCUUUCUCCGCUAAUCACCCCUUCCCAACCUGCCCGCCCGAUCGAUCGUCGGUUGAUCGGCGAAUGAAUAGGGGUUGAGAUGGUUCUAAGUUGUCGGAACGAAUCGUUUGUUUGCUUUAUCGAACAAAGCUUGAUUAGGGGGUCGUCGGUUAGCCCUAUCUUCUUUUCAACCAUGACAGCAGGUGUUGACCAGCUUUGCGAGACGGACGGACACGAAGAAGAACGCAGGCAGCGGAAAUGCACAAGAGUUUCACUUCUCUUCCCCACCCGCAGAUCUUUCGCCCGGAACCCAUCAGCAGUAUUUUGUUAGUCUAACAUGGCCCCAAAGCAAAUACCAUUUAUACUCCAAAAUAAAUGAUGUUCAGGCACGCAAUACUGUAAUCUGCUAGAGUUCAUGACUCAACCACAAAUCCGUUGAAUGAAAGUACUCCACUAGUUAGAAGGAAAUCCCUUGACUUCGCUUAGUCAAGUGAGGCGGGUCCAUUCGAAGUAAGGUAACAGGAUUCAUUAAUGCACCAUCUUUAAAAGAUCUCUUCUCGGGAUCCGGGCUUUUUCGAGAAAAGGUCCCAUCCUUCAAUAGUUUGAUUGGGUCGACCAGGCCAGGAUCAUGAGUGAAUAGAAAAUCGAAAACGUACAUAGCUGUUCCAGCGGAAAUACUGUGUUUAAUUCUACCACUUCUACUAGGAGUCGCCUUUUUAGUGCUAGCUGAACGUAAAGUAAUGGCUUUUGUGCAACGUCGAAAGGGUCCUGAUGUAGUGGGAUCGUUCGGAUUGUUACAACCUCUAGCAGAUGGUUUGAAAUUGAUUCUAAAAGAACCUAUUUCACCAAGUAGUGCUAAUUUAUCCCUUUUUAGAAUGGCUCCAGUGGCUACAUUUAUGUUAAGUCUGGUCGCUCGGGCCGUUGUACCUUUUGAUUACGGUAUGGUAUUGUCAGAUCCGAACAUAGGGCUACUUUAUCUGUUUGCCAUAUCUUCGCUAGGUCUUUAUGGAAUUCUUAUUGCAGGUUGGUCUAGUAAUUAGGGGGGCGGCCGUUCGGUCGCCUAUGAUAGACGGACCAAUUGGUCAAUAAAGGGUUUGUGCCGCAGGUGUUGAACGAUCUACUCUACACAGGUGUGGGCUUAGAGGGCUAGGGCUCGCCUUUCUUUCAUUCAGAAAGAGGGCCCUGGUCCUUUUCCGGGCCGGGAUCGAGAAGUGGAAGUCAUCAAAAAGAGAUCUUUCUCUUCGCACCUCAGAUCAAGAGGAAAGGUAGCUUGUCAAGCUGGCCUAACUAUUGAAAAUUAUAGCAGUCUUUGUUCCGGCUGUUCUUCUUUGUCAACGCAGACCCCUACUUGAUGAAUGAAAGAACAUGAGAAAGGUAAAGGGCCGUAGGGCUCGCUUUAAAGUGUGGGCCGAAGUGCAACAAUAUUUGGUAGAUCUUUCGUAGUUUUGAAUGCCAUGAACUACUAAUACUGUAAUCUGCUGGGAUCGACCAUUAAUAUUAGUACGAUUGUCGAGAUAGAUAGCUCGACCUAAAGGGCCGAAAUACCAUUUGGGCAGAUCUUUCGCCCGGAACCCAUCAGCAGUAUUUUGUUAGUCGUAAAUUGCCCCAGUUGACAUCAGCAGUAUUUUGCGUUCUAGGCUAUGAAAAACUACUCGAGAAAAUACUGCUGAUGGGCCAUUUGGGGCACUCUAGUAAAUUGAAUCGUUCAUGGCUAUUCAAAACUCAGACUACGAAAGUACUGUAAUCUGCUGACGUAGAGCCGAUAGGCUCGAGCGCAUGCGAGAGGACCAAUGAAUAGCUCGGAAUUACCAUAAGGGCAGGGGCGGAGAGCUGAACGAAAGGGAAGGGCCAUCAGCAUUCUCGAGUAGUUUUGAAUCGCUACUGCCAUUCACGACUGGUGCUGGAGAGAGAGAGUAUGUUUCUGUUUGUUGUUAGAGAUCUUUUGUUGUUAGAGCAUCUUUAUAGCGACGUGUAGACGGGGCGACGAAAGCCCACUACAGUACAGUCGAAGUCAGCGGCUGAGUUAGCCUAGCCUCUACUACUAUUUUCUUUCUUCUUUUUAGUAGGCGAGCGAGUUAGCGAAGACGCUUAGGCUAAUAAAUAAGAGAGCGUCGGUGCUCCGCCUUCAUUCUACUACGCUACGCAAAGUCACUUAGCUCGACGUUAAGAGAGGAUAGGGGGAAGACCCUACAUAGAAGAACCGCUCUUCGCUUACUAAGGUAUAACCUUUCGCUCCCCGGGGCAAAGCCGCUUCGCACCACUGAUAGACUACUUAAGAUUCCAUUUCAAAGGCGCUACUUUGUUUCGCAAGCCUUUGUCAUUGUCAGUCAACUAAGUAGGGCGAAGAGCCCCCUGCGAAUCCGUAAAUCUGAGAGCAUGCCGAAGUCCCCUAUGCAUUUCAUUCUUUCCUCCACGGAUCGAAUUCCAGUACCUUACCCCCCAUCAUGGUGAACCUCUCCUUGUGAUCGGGAUGAGGUAGAUGCCUCCCAGCCGGGGGGCGGAUCGAAUCGGAGUUUCCUUAGGUAGCCACCGACCUACAGUUAUCCUUAAACUUCCGUGCUUGGUGGAGAAGAAGCGAACAAAGGUACGCUCGCUUGCUGUCUUGUUCUCUGCCGCGGACUGGGAUCGCUCGCCUGCUAGGCCCUAUAGAAUCAAGUUGGAGCAACAUAGUAUGAGAACAUAUUACCCAUCUUCGGGGACAAGGGGCGAAAGGACCUCUCGAUCUACUUACUGCAGCCCAGGACGGGCGUCGUCGUCUAGGCGAAACCUCUUGCUCUGAUCUCCCCGGAGCCUAGGACGUUGUCUGGGCCAAGAGCCAUAGUUAGUUGCUGUUUCCAUUUGGUUGUUCUUUCUCGUUGUUGAUACCGGCAAGACCCAGCCAGAUGAUGAUGUCUGCUGGUUGGUAGUGAGAGGACUCUGAGUACCCGCAAAAAAAAGGGGCGCUGGUGAAAAAACAAGAAUUUGAUUGAGUUUCUUGCUCUCCCUUAGCUGCGGGAAAGGAGUCUAUCUAUCUGCCUAGCUUUGUUUGGUAGAUUUCCCCCAACGCAAUUCAAAAACGGGAAUUCCACGAAUCCCUGAGGUGGAUAAGUCCGACGACUCAGCAGCAGUGCGGAAUUGAGUUUCUCGUCCGGUGGAUCUGAUCUAUAGUUAGGGCGCCUUACAUACCAAAAGGUUCGAAGAAGGAA